CUUUAAAUAAAUAAUUUUUUAUAUAUAUAUAUAUAAUGUCAGAUAUUAAAACACCAGGAUUCCAAAGCUCUGAAGUUUUUGCUAAUAUUCAACAAUCAGUGAAUGCGCUUGAAGCAGGAGAAAAGUCUAAAGUAUUGAAACAAGUGAAUGGUAUCUUUGAAUUUGUUAUAAAGAACGGUGAAGGAAAGACAGAGACGUUUACUGUUGACCUCAAGAAGGAUGGGAAGGUUAUGAAAGGGAAGGGACCUGGCAAAGCAGAUGCUAUUAUUUCUAUUGCUGACGCUGACUUUAUUGAUUUGGCUUCUGGUAAAUUGAAUGGUCAAAAGGCUUUUAUGUCUGGUAAACUCAAGAUUAAAGGUCAGAUGAUGUUGGCUACGAAGCUUGAUACUGUAUUCAAGAAUCUUGCUGGUAAUAAAGCCAAGUUGUAAGAAAGGAAAGUAAACUUUAUUUAUUUAUUACAAGGAAUAAAAAUAAAAUAAAAUAAA